AUGGAAAACAAUGGAAGACUUAAUGAUUAUUUUAAAUGCAGAAGGAACGGCCCUUCCAAAACUGCAGAUAGGUGGAGGAAAACAUGGAGAGAUUACAAAUUUUCAAUCAAGAAGAAAGCAGCUAAAAUAGCUCAACAUAAGAGAGAAACUGGAGGAGGCCCGGAAAUUAAAGACAAUUUGACACCAUUAGAGGAGCGAGUUCUUGCACCUUAUGGCAGCGUUAUGUCACGUGGAAAUGAUGAAGUUCCUGAAUCUGCUGUUGAAUUUGAAUGCUUUGAAAAUGUUUCUCCUGAAAAUAUAUCAGAAGGAAACAUUCCACUGUGUGAUGUCGACUUCAACACAUCAUAUGAGGUUAUAGCCAGUGCUUCAAAUGAUUCUAAAGGGAAAACGAAAGCCUACGGCAGCACAGAUAGCUGACAGGCUUCUUCAGAGUCACAACAGCACUGCACAACAUCAGUUGCAUAUAGCUGAGUGCAAAGAAAAGGAAAUCAAACUACUAGAAUUGCAGAUAGAGCUGCAUAAACAGAAGCUGGAGUUUUAUGCAAUAAAAGCAGCUGCAGCAGAAAGAAGAGCUGUUGCAAUCGAGAGACUAGCUUUGGCAGCUGAGAGGCAAGCAAUGGCUGCAGAAAAGCAGUGUGCGUGGACAGAAAAAAUUUUCCAUUUAAAAAAUAAAAAAGUUAAGACUGAUAAUCAAAAAAUAAAUUUUCAAAUGAGAAAAGAAAAUCUAAAAUAUCUGUAAUGUGUAUUUUUGUAAUAAAAUUGAUUUAAUAAUA